AUGCUAACGAAUUUACGUGGGGUAUCACCGCUGUCUGAAACAAUGUCGGAUAAUACCAUCGAAAGGCAACGUGCCGAGAAAGCUUUAAUCUCAAAAACUUCAUCUUUGCCUCAUAAGCACAUUGGAUUGCGAAAUUAUUCUGAUAAAAAUGGAAACGAUGUUUGUAAAAAUGUGUACAAGGGACGAAAAACUUUCGCAUUCUGGACGCUGGUUUGUUUAUUGUUCGUUCUGGCGAUUGGAAAUCUUAUUUUAACCUUUACAAUUCUUGCAGUAUUAAGACUGGGCCAAGGGCUAGAAAGCAUGGAAUUUCUCCCUGAGCACAAUGCCAUCAAGUUCUUUGGAGAGACAAACUUGGAUCAUCUAUAUAAAAAGGAUGGCCUAAUUGAGAGCUUUAAAGAUGUGCCAAUGAGUGUUGUGAGUGAAAAUGGAUCCGUUAUAUUCAAUUUGCAGACCAGGCUAUCUCGCUCCGACACACGACUAACAGUGAACACGUCUGGAAUCUUUGUGCGUGGAGUGAAUUCUUUUGAAAUUAUCGAACCAGUAACCGGUGAAACCGUGUUCAGCACUGACAGUGCGGAGUUAACACUCACAGAGUCUGUAAAUAAUUUGCUUGCCAAGCAAGUUUCAACCAAGCGAAUAUCGUCUCCAGUAGACGAGGACCUGCUAAUCCGAGCAGACAGUUCCCUUCAUCUGCAGGGUGCUGAAGGCACUCAUAUGGAAGCCAAAAUGCUCCACUGGUCUGCUGACCAAGACAUCUAUUUGAAGUCCAUAAAUGGAUCCAUCGUUAUAAGCGGGAAGGAAGGAGUCUUCAUUGACGUCAGGUAUUUACCUAUAGCCGCACCCCUAACACGGGGAGGGGGUAUUGGGCAAUUCAAAGUGUGUGUUUGUAUGCCCCAGGGUAAGUUGUUCAGGGUCGCCGUCCCCUCUGGCCAGAAAGUGACCUGUUCACAUGUCAAUAUGACAGGGGAUUUGAACCCUUGUCUGUAA